GGGAGGGGGAUGCGGGAAUAGGGGAUGGAGGAUGUGGGAAUCGGGGAUGUGGGAACCGGGGAUGUGAGUAGCAGGGACGGAGGAUGGAGCAGCGGGGAUGUGGGCACCACGGAUGUGAGCACCAAGGGUGUGGGUACCAGGGAUGUGAGCACCAGGGAUGAGGGUACCACGGAUGUGAGCACCAGGGAUACGGGUAGCAGGGCGGUGAGCACCAGGGAUGGAGGAUACAGGCACUGGGGAGAGAGGAUGCGGAUACCAAGGAUGAAGGAUGCAGGUGGAGGGGAUGGAGGAUGUAAGAACCGGGGAUGGAGGAUUCAAGUAGCAGGGAUGCAAGAUGCGAGCAGUGGGUUCAGAGGAUGCAACCCCACCAGUCUUCCCUACCAUACCCCCGCACCCCGCUCUGCCUCCACCCUCGGUGCAUUUCCCCACCUCCUGAGGGAAGAGAUGGGGGCUGAGGGGGUAUUUUGAUUGACCCCCCCCCCCUUAGAAGUGGAGGGGUCCCAAGGGAUGUCCCCUCCCCCCAGAACCCCGCAGGUAACAUCUCACCCCUUCUGACAGCGGCCGAGAGAAGGUGGACCCCGGCCUCUAUGCAGAAGCCCUGAGGGAGGAGGAAGAGGAGGAGGAAGAGGAGGAGGGGGAGGAAGGAAGAAAAAAAAAUAAUAAAAGGACGAGGAAGAGCUUGGAGCAGAGCCAGGCGCUGGGAAAGGGCGAUCUGGAUCUGGCUGCCUGCUCACCACUGCGCCGGAGGGGAACCAGGAGCCCCCCAUCACCGCUCAGCACCGGAGCCGCCGGCCCUGGAGCGAGGGCCCAACGUGGGGUGGCUGCACCGCUCCUGUGGGGCACCCGGCCCUGCAUCACCCUCCCCAUCCCCAGCGAGCAGGAAAAGCUCCAUCCGCUGGAUUUUAGCUUCCUGGGACAUCCAAGGGACUCGUCCUCCUCCUCCAUGGUCCCCCCGUGCAUCCCCACUGCCGCCGGCUGAGCCCCCCCUCACCCCCCGCCCGGCUCCGCAUGCUGUACCCAGAGCCUGGAGCAGCCCCCGGCGGCCCCGCUGCUCCACACCGCGGCUCAGAGCCCCCCGACAACGGCCUCGGUGGUGAGGCGGGGAGGCCAGCGGGGACUCCUGGGGGGCGUUAAGAUGGUGAGAGCUCUCCGGCCGAGAGGGGCUGCGCGGACGCCAGGCCACCGGGUUUGGGGGUCGCAGGAUGGACAGAGCCCUUGGGGCCGGGAGCCGAGGCCGGUAGGGAAGGAUGGACUCCCGGAGCUGCCAGGACAGGCAGCCCAGUGACCCCCCCAGCAGCAGCAGCAGCAAUUGUAGCAGCGGCAAAAGCGAAGGCGAGAGGGAGAGGAUCCGCAGCCGGAUGAAAAUGGUCAUCGGGCAACUGGAAGGCAUCUUGCAGGAGCUCAAGGAGGUAGCCAAGGAGCUCCGGGAGGUAGUGAGCCAGAUCGACCGGCUGACGUCCGACUUCGAGUUCGAGCUGGAGCCGGAUGACUGGACGACGGCGACAGCCAGCAGCACCUCCAGCAGCGAGAAAGGGGGGGUCUCCUUCGAGCUGGGACCCCUUGACUUCACAGCGGCCGACAUCCUGUCCGACAGCUGGGAAUUCUGCUCAUUCCUGGAUACCUCCACCCCGUCCGACCAAGGGGACGGCCCCGACCCCCCACGGCCGCAGCCCCCGCCGUGCCGCCAGCCCGACUACCGGCUGAUGAACGGCGGGGUGCCCAUCGCCAACGGGCCCCGAGGGGGCACCCCGGACUCAUCCAGCGAGGAGGCGUUCGUUCCCCAACAGAAAGGUCCCCAUCACCGGACGGCCGGCACGCGGGAGCGGGUCCGCUUCAGCGACAAGGUGCUCUACCACGCCUUGUGUUGCGAUGAUGACGGGGAUGGCGCCGACGAAGCAUCCCCAAACGAGGACAGCACCGAGGAGCGCGGCCUCAAGGUGACCCCCAAGAACCAACCGCCCGUUGGUGGCAAUGGUGGUGGCACCGCUGGAGGGCCACCGGCGCGGCGGCUGAUGAGGAACAGCAGCACGCAGACUGUGGCCGACAAAAGCACCCAGACGGUGCUGCCUUACAUCCCGGCCAAACAGAAACUCAAAACGAAAAACUGACGUCGGUUCCAGACCGGCCGAGGGUUGGGGUUGGGGGUCUUGGGAAGGGAUCAGAAGUAUAUAUAUAUAUAUAUACAUAUAUAAAUAUAUAUUUAAAUAAAUCGCUACUACUAAUAAAAUCGAGAUGAAAAGUUGGCAGAGGAGACAAACGUCCAACUACCUUACCUGUUGUUUUUGAGGCUCAGGGAAUUUUCAGCUGUUUUGUGGAUGGAAGAUGCAGCUCAAUAAACCGUUCAUCAUGGAGAAUACCAACGGUAA